UUCUCGUCAUGAUCUUUCAACACACGUCUGACAAAUAACUUUGUGAUAGACGGCAGAAGUAUUUUGGAAAGUAAUUGCGAUUUGAAGGAUCGGAAAUUGAAAACUUUGGUGAUUUUCGCUGUUUAAGAUAUUGCAAGUCAUAAUUCAUCACGUGCUUUGAUCGUAGUUGGCUGUUUGACUCUAAGGACGAUUGAUCCAACCAGACAUAAGCUCUUGCCAUGGAAAAAACUGCAUGCACGCUAAACUCCUCUAAUCGCAUUGUAUAAACUUUCGCGAACGCAUUAGCUAAAACCAAUUUCAUAUGUUUAAAAUGCCUGUGUUCUACAGCGUUCAGACUGUGAUUGAAACUCAUUCAAUGGAUCGUGGUUUGUUGUAACUGUUUCAGAUAUUUCUAUUGUGUGGUAAACUUUCCCCUCCUUUUUUUUUCUCUCAUUGCUUCUAAAGAAAUCUAGCGAAAAAAAAUGUAUUCCUUUACCCUACCCUGGUAUAAAAUAUUGAACAAGGAGAUUCGGACGCUAUUAAACGAUUUAAUAUAGGAUUAUCUUAAAGUCAGGAGUGGGGAUUUUUAAACAUAUGACAACAACGGACAUGUUUAUGACACGAGAGUGAAAGGGAUUUAGAGGAAUUGUGGCCAAACUUAAUACAGGAAAAACUCACUGACACAUACAGGGAACGGCAGUUCAAAACUCACUGACACAGGGAACGGCAGUCCUUAUUUCAUGGCCAACAAUUAACUGAUUGGUCACGCAUUGGAUUAAGAUUUUUCCCCCGAAAGAUAUAGAUAUAGUGAGUUUAUAUUCGCAAAUUCUUUGUGGAUCAACAUCAAAGUUGAAUGAGAUGGGAAUGGAAAAAAUAAAAUGGAAUUUCCAUAGCCUGGAUCAGCUUCACUACGCCGUGAAUUCGACAUUGCGUUACGCCAUGCAGAACGAGCGAUGUAAAAGAUGGGCAAAGGUCAUAGAGACGUAUAACCUGUUGUUGUGGAUGAUUGACCUGAAAAACCUCCCAGAUAGCUACGAGCCGCCGGCACUGUACAACAUGUUGAUGUAUGAGACGUUGUACCACAUUGGGGUAGCGUACCAACACUUAGGCGACCACAAAGGCGCACUGGAGGCUUACACCAACGCAAUCAACACCGUGUCCAUCCCCAAGAAUGGUUGUUUGGCUGGUUGCGUCACAAAUUCCUGUCUAAUGACGCCAUUAUACGCAAGAAGGGCUUUCGCCUCUGUUCGAACAGGUGAUAUGAAAAACGCAAUGAAGGAUGCAGAAAAAGCAGUCGUUUUGGAUAGCAAAAAUCCCGAUGUUUAUUGUAUCCGUGCUUUAACGAAGAGUUCAAAUGACGACGAAGGAGCGGCCGUUAAAGAUGUGGAGCUGGCCUUAAAACUCCAAAACGGCCAUCUGUGUUCUCUGAUGUUGCGAUCUGCACUCACAAGACCAAAGGUCUCACAAUUUUCGAAUUUACUUGGUGUUGGCACGAGGACGCAGGACUCGGGGAAAGCGGAUUCCGGAAGCUGUUCCACCGUCUCCACUUUCAGACAUUCUUGUAUAAUGGAAUUCUAUGAUAAAUAUCUGUUUACUCUGUGUGUUCCUCACACAAUUGUCCAGAUAGACCUGACUCCAGACAAGCCAAACAAGAAACAGCUAGCAGAGUCCCAGAAGGAGCCUGGAAAUGACAGCCUUAAACAGAGACCAAUGUCGGCACCAGACAGAAUAUCUGUGGAGCCUUUCAAGUGCGGCACACCUUGUACAGAGUUUAACAAGAUGGCUACCAGGCGACGCAAGGACUACGGAGAGGCAAUACGGAAAUAUAUAUGCCGACCAAAAACUGCAUCGGCAUUCUUUGAGCAACUAGAACGUGAGCGGAGAAAACAGGCCGACGUUUCGGAAAUGGAGAGAAGGCGAGCUGUUUCAGCUGGAGUCAAACGUUUAAAUGAAACAGCCUUGGUUUCCGGAACUGCGCAUGCAGAAUCCCACGCAAAGUUAAACAAGCGGUACAAUUCCGCGCCAAUAAUACGCCAAACCAUGAAAAAUGUCAAUUCAACAUCAGCUUCGAUAAAAAAUCUCCAAAACGCUAUGCCACCAAAGCCACCGAAACAACAGAAUGGAAAAGAAAACAAAGAAAAUAUUCCACACACUUCUGCUGGUAACGGUGUGGGGGAAUCGGAUGUCCGCCGGCAUAAAUCAGUCUCUAUCAAGGAAAAGGCGGACAGGUCGAAGCGAAUCCCGUCCUCCACAAAGUUCACCUUUCCAACCCCAGUCAACUAUUCAACUCCAGUAUUUCAACCCCUCAACAUACGAGACGCUCCCCGGAUGUACUAUAAACCAUGGAAAGGUGACAAAUUGCCUGUUGCUGAAGUAGAUCGACAUGUUAUCGCACCUUGCUGGAAAUGAUAGGAAUUGUUGUGCCAUAUAAACAAGACUUUUGUUUUCACCUUAAAAUGAGUAAAUGAUUGAACAUUUGAAAGAAAAAAAGAUUUUGCGAUGACAUAUUUGUCAAUUGCUUUGUGUCUCCAAUAAAAUACGAAUGUAAUUGUAAUUAAAAGAUGUAUAAAG